AUGUCUUUUGGGGAAAAAGUUAGCGUAGAAAACAACAGUGGGAGACAAGACGCAGCUUUAGAGAAAGAUCAGAUUGAAAGUGAUUUUUCUAGUGUAGUGAGUGCAGGAGCGUGGGGAAAAGGGGAAAAGGAAGUAGCGUUAAAUACGCCGAAGGCUUUUAGGAGGAAAAUUGUAUUUGAAGGGGAAAAAGAAAAGAAAAAGAAUAAAUCAAAGGGUACAAAAAGGGGAAGAAAAUCGAAUUUUGAAAAAUUAGCUGAAGUUGAUGUGGGAAAUUCACCAGCAACAAUGGCGUCAUGGAGACAAAAGGAUAAGAAAGGGGGGGAGGAAGGUGAGGAGAUGGAAAGUGAGAGGGAGGAAAAUUCAAGUCCGAAUAGCAAUGAGGGGGAAAGUAAGAAAAGAAAAAUUGAGGAAGGGGGAAUAGUUGAAAUGCUAAAAAAAAUGCAGGAGGAUUCGAAUAGGAGAAUAGAGAAGUUAGGGAAAAAGUUGGAUGUAGGGUUGGAAGGGGUAAAAGGGGAAAUAAAAGAGGAAAUAGGGGAAAUUAAAGGUAUGUGGAAGGAGUGGGAGGAGCAAUGGAGACAAGAAAAGAGAAUGAUGUGGGAAAAGUUGGAAGUGAUGGAAAAAGAGUGUCAGGAGGAGGUAAAAAAGGUAAGAAAAGAAGUGGGUCAAUGUAGGGAGAGGGUGAAAGAGAUGGAAAAGGGAAGAGGGGGAGGAAAUGAAAGAGUAUUGGAUUUGGAGGAGAAGCUGGGAGAAUUAAGUUUAAGAUUGGAGCAGAUGGAAAAGGAAAAACGAAAAAGUAGAGUAGUAGUAAAAGGAAGCAACAUAGAAGGAAGGCAAGGAAUAGAGGAAUUAUUUAGAGAUAUUGGGGUGGUAGUGGAAGUGAAAGAAUUCAAAGGGGUUAGUAAAGGGGAGAAUGGUUUGCCAUGGGUAUGGGUGAUAGAAUUGGGAAGUGAGGAGCAGAGAAAGGAGGUCUUGAGAAAUAAAAGUAAAUUGAGAGGUAGAAAAGAGAGAAUAGAAGAGGACAAGACAUGGGAAGAAAGAAGAAGGGGAUGGCUUUUGGAAGGGAAGGCGUGGGAGGAAAGGUUUAAAGGGAACAUAGUAAGAAUGGGAAGGGACUGUAUAUGGGUAAAUGGAAGGAGAUGGGUAGUGGAUAGAGCGACAGGGAUGGUGGUGAGCGAACAAGCGUGGCAAGAGCAAGAAGAAAAGCGUAGUGAGGGAGAGGAGGAAAUGGAGGAACAAGAGAGAUUGGACGAAGCAAUGGGGGGGCGUUCGAGUGGGCAGAGCCAAGAUGGAGGUUAA